AUGGAUUGGAAUGAGAGAAAUGCUAGAAUUGACCGUAGUUUUAAAGGCUUCAAGCCAAAGAACCCAGCCAAAUGGAAUGAGAAAGAUCGCCCAGGUGGUUGUGUUAGGAACACCCAUCUUAACUGUAAGACGGACGAGUUUUUGAAGCUUUCCAUGCUGAAACUUCCUAGAAGCGGUUCAGCAAUUUCAAUCAAGGGAAUGUGGUUCGACCCUUGUCGAGACUACUGCUUGAAGAACUGCAAAUGUCAAGCUUUUGCAUUACCAGUAGGUCCGGCAACUUUGAGAAACAGUUCAGGUGGAACCAAGCAGCUCAGGAUUGGGAUCGGUUAUGGUCAAUGCCAGAGGAGGUAUGUGAUGAAUUACUCUGAGUGUGGAAGCAACGCGUAUUGCAAUCCGAUUACAAAUCUCAUAUGCAACUACUUUAAAGGCUUCAAGCCAAAGAACCCAGCCAAAUGGAAUGAGAAAGAUCGUCGGGGUGGUUGUGUUAGGGACACCCGUCUUAACUGA